AUGUCAAAUAACGCAGAGAAGGAUCAGGUUGUCCCGGAGGAAGAUGACGACGAGCCGGAUGACUGCGCAUCUUCAGUACUGGCUGCCAUGCAAGACAAAAUGAAUGACUGUUACUACGCGAAGAGAGACUGGCGAGCAUGCAAGGACGAGAUGGAAGCUUUUCGUGAAUGCUGGAAACGCCAGGGCAACGACAAGCGCACGGAAACCAAAGACGCAUGA